AUGAACAACAUGUUCCUUGGUGUAUCAGGUAGUGAUGGAUUCCCCAGUGUGUCUAAAGUGGUAGAGAGUUCACUGGUUCUGUCACGAUACACAAACCACAGCACCGCCAUUGGUCACUGGCUUCUUUUCCCCAAAUUAACCUUCUCCUGUGAUUGCUCACUAACUGGUUGGACCUUCAUUGUAUCGGGAGCAAAUCGUGAAUCCACAAACAGUUUGGAUCAUCUUCUUCAGUUCCAAAUUUGGCGAAGACUCUCAAACAUCAUACUAACACAGGUGUCCAGUAUUCAAAUUUCAAAGUCCAACAUCAGUCGUGUGUUACAGACAAAUGAGAAGAUGGGGAUGUCCCUGGUGGAAAUUGACCUUAACGAGCCAAUACAGGUAGAAGAAGGAGACAUGUUUGGAGUGUUUCAGCCGAGUUCCAGCAGAAGCGAGCUUGUUCUCCAGUUUCAGAGCGAGUUGGCCCCUGCUCAUUAUGUUCGUCUCACCAACACACCGUCCGUCAGUUACUCUCUGAGAGGAUCACUCGUUAACUAUGACUACCCCCUCAUUUCCAUCAAAUAUGGUUGCAAGAAAGAAUGUAUGAAUGGAUUCAGCACUGCAGAUAGUUUGAAGCAGUUCUUCAGGAUUAAUGCGAACACACGUCUUGUUAAUUAUCCGGGACACGACAGGGUUUUCCCCGCACUCAACUUCACCUGUGACACGUCAAUUACUGCAAUCAAACUCGGGGCGAGAGUGGUGUUUGGAAACAGCUGGCCACAGGUGGAGAUAUGGAGAUACAGUACCAGUGACGUAGUCUCACGGACAGACACGAUAGUUAUUUCGAAUUCUAGUGUUACUACUAGCCCUGGAGUAUACGAAUACACGCUGCCGAGCCCCCUACCAAUUACUACUAACGAUGUCAUUGCUCUGUAUGAGCCAACAGAGAGUCGACUGGAUGUGUUCAGUGAGAUGAACUCGGGAAUGUUCCCCCACAUUGAUCCUGGUUGUACUGAUGGGUUUGUAUCCCUAAAUGAUCUGAGGAGUAAGUCCCUUCCAUUAGCAUUCACCACUGACUUCAACACACUCAACAUCGUACCGAGUCUGAAAUUCUCCAAAAGUGGGAAUAUCUCGAAAUUUGUGUUUGGUGGACAUUUCUUGAGUAUGACUAACAGCCGUCAACUAUAUCCCGAGAUACAGGUGUGGAGACUGUGUAAUAAUGAAAGUGACCCUCAAUCAAACACAGAUAAUUACAUCAGAGUAACUUCGAUUGGAAACGAGACAGCACCGACAUAUUCGGGAAGAAUCAAUGUGUAUGAAUUUAUUUUUGACACACCAUUCAGUGUUCAAGAAGGGGAUGUGUUGGGAUAUUACCAGCCCCCAUCGUCAAGCAGUUUAAUGGGAUUAGUGGCUGUGGACGAUGGAAGAACAGAUAGCUACUAUCUCUUUGGACAGAAUCCCAGUGAAGUAACUCUGUCCAGCAGAGCUGUGGGGAAAUCUACAAGAACCCCUCUCAUUAGUUUUGAAUAUGAUUCCUUCGAGAAACCUACAACAGAUAGCAGUGAGCCACCCACACUAGACAAGGAUGGGGAUGGCAAUACACCAGCGGUAAUUAUAGGGGCAGUGGUUGGAGUUGUGGCAGUGGGGUUGCUGGUAGCAGUGGUACUGGUUGUGGUCGUGUGUCUGGUUGUGAGAGUGAGAAGAAGGGACGGAGGCAAGAUAACUGACACCAGUCGCGGAAACAACAACAUACACAACCCCACCUACACA